CUCGUACCAUUAAUUUUCUUUUUAAAAUAUUGUGUUGGGUGUUUUAAAAUAUGUAUCAGCUAUAAGGAAUAAUCAUUAAUUCAUGACGAACAAGCGGGCUGAAGCCAGGGCCGGCCGCGGGUUUCGACGGCAAUGUUUACGGUCACCAUGUGAAUGGGCGCGUUGUUCGGGGGGCGGCGAGUGGCCCUGUGUGGCGCUGAGAUUCCCGCAGGCAGGCACUGUGGAGCCGUGUCAGUGCUGGGCAGCCCCUCACACGUUAAAGGGCGCCGUUACCUCUCACUCAAGCAUUCACAGACCUCCACAGAGCCUCUCAAAGAACGCAAGGGAGGACCUUCAGGGGAUGAGCCAUGAGUAACCCUGCGAGUGAGCUGGAACGCCCCUGCACCAACGCCUCCAACAGACAGGCGUGGGGGCAGGAUGGGCGUGGAGGAGGCGCGGGCGGGGCGGGUGCGGCGGUGGUGGACACGUACGAUUAUGACGACGGGGAGGAGAUACGGAAGAAGGGAUGCUGGUACAAAUUCUCCACCUUCGUGUCCCGCAUGUGGGCCACCCGGCAGAUGACCAAAAAGGAGGACCGGGAGAUCUAUGUGAGGACCACGCUGAGAGAACUGCUCGUCUACAUCAUCUUCCUCAUCGUCCUCUGCAUCAUCACGUUCGGCAUGACCUCCCCGACGAUGUACUACUACACGAAGGUGCUGAGCGAGCUGUUCCUGGACGCGCCCUACCCCGACACCAAGAACACCUUCAGGGCCUCCACGCAGGUGCUCGACUUCUGGAGGUUUUCAGAGAACGUGUUGCUGGACGGCCUGUACUGGGAACACUGGUACGACGUGAGCGAGACGGACACUACCAAGGACGACCGCAACAUUCUAUAUGAGAACAGACUCCUGGGCGUGCCCCGCGUCAGGCAGUUAAGAGUCCACAAUACAUCGUGUGAGAUACCGCCAGACUUCCAGCGAGUCAUCCGUCAGUGCUUCAGUGAAUACGCUCCAGCCAACGAAGACACCUCAGAGUUCAGCCCUAAUGGAGAGAAUACUACCGCGUGGAAGUAUUUUUCGGAGAAGCAGCUGAAUGGGUCUGUCCACUGGGGCAAGAUUGCUCACUACUCAGGAGCCGGCAGCUAUGUGGACCUUGGUUCAAACAGAAACGUAACAAAAAUCAUUCUUGCCGAGUUGCGUGAGAAGCUGUGGAUCCAGAGAGGGACCCGAGCUGUGUUCUACGACUUCACUGUGUACAAUGCCAACAUCAACCUCUUCUGUGUCAUCAAGCUGGUGUUUGAGUUUCCAGCGACGGGCGGCAUCAUUCCAUCAUGGGAGUUCAGGACGGUGAAGCUGCUGCGUUACGUCACCCCAAAUGACUUCUUUGUGUUGGCGUGUGAAUGCAUUUUUGUGUUUUUCAUAAUCUACUACAUCAUUGAGGAGGCCAUAGAGAUCAAGGCACUCAAGUGGUCCUACUUCAAGAGCACCUGGAACAUCUUAGACUUGUUGGUCAUUGCGAUAUCCCUCCUGUGCAUUGGCUUCAAUGUCUUCUGCUUCUUUACCAUCAGCUCCAAGCUACAAGAGCUAUUAGAAGACCCAAACAUCUUUGCAGACUUUGAAUUCUUGGGUUACUGGCAGAUACAGUUUAACAAUGCUGUUGCUGUAUGUGUCUUCUUUGCUUGGUUCAAGCUGUUCAAGUACAUUUCCUUCAACAAGACAAUGACACAACUGUCCUCUACACUUUCAAGAUGUGCCAAGGACGUUGCUGGUUUUGCCAUCAUGUUCUUCAUUGUGUUCUUCGCAUUUGCACAGCUCGGGUAUCUCCUGUUUGGUACGCAGGUGUAUGACUUCAGAAAGUUCAUGGAUGCAGUUUUCACGUUGCUGCGAACAAUUUUGGGAGACUUUAACUUCCAUGAUAUUGAGGAAGCCAACAGAAUCUUGGGGCCAAUCUUCUUCAUCAGUUAUGUCUUCUUUGUCUUCUUUGUUCUGCUGAAUAUGUUCUUGGCCAUCAUCAACGACACAUACACAGAGGUGAAAGCAGAGAUUGCCAGUCAGCGGAAUGAGUUUGAGAUUGCCGACUACUUCAAGCGUGGCUACAACAACAUGAUGGGGAAGCUGGGCAAGAGGGACAAGAUUGUUGACAUUCAGAAUGCUCUCAAGCUCUCUGGUAACAAUGGAGAUGGCAUGUUGUCAUUUGAUGAGAUACGAACAAAUUUAAAAAGAUGCAACUUCUCUGAUAUGGAAAUUGAGAUGUUCUUUGCUAAGUACGACACGGAUGGCAACCGCCUGCUUGAGGCAGAGGAGGUCAAGAGGAUGUUGGCUGACCUUGAAGGGCAGAAAGUUAACCUGGAAAGAGAAAUGAAACACGAGAACCGCCCCAGCAGCGGCAAGGUCAGUGGGGAGAGUGUGACCCGGCCAGCCUCAGCCUCCUCCGGGCACGGCUCCAUCACCUCCGUCUCCUUCGAGGAAUUCUCUGUGCUGCAGCGUCGAGUUGACCGGCUGGAGCAUAGCAUUGGCAGCAUUGUGAGCAAGAUAGAUGCUGUGCUGGUGAAGCUGGACACGAUGGAGAAGACCAAACACAAGCGCAAGGAGACCAUGGGAAAGAUCCUUGACACCAUCACAGAGAACGAUGACAUGGACGACUCCGCCAAGAGGAAGCACAUGGAGCAGAUGGUCCGGGACGAAUUGGAAAAAUGGGAUGGAGAUACAAGUCCCUCUGCACACCGGAAAUGAAAAUGGAUUGGAACUCCUUUAGUGAAGAGAUCUGAGUCAUAGCAAAACGGUACUCCUCAGAAGUAUCAGAGUGGCAAAUGAAACAUCGACAAGAAGAUAGUGCAAUAGUCAUAUGUAGGCUAAUGUUAUCCCUUGUGUAGAGGAAUAGUAUAUUUAUAUUACACACACACACACACACACGUAUAUGGACAUAUUUAUUUAUUCAUAUUUUUAUGUAUUACUUGCAAGUUUUGUUCUAGUUUGUUGAUGCAUGGAAUAAUGGUGACGUGUCUUGUGUUGUGUACAUUUGUGUUAUAUCAAUUUUACUUUGUAUAUUUUGCCAAUUGUAAUAUAGUAUUGAUUUUCUUUACUUUAUUAAGAGCUCGGCUAUUUUUUAAUAAUUUGAAUGUAAAGGUACAGUUGAUAUGCCACUAAUAAAUAAAAUGAUAUAUUUGUUUUCCUUAUAAAUCUGAAAACACUAUCCUAGUGAACAGAAAAAGGCAGGAUAUACCUAGCAUAUUUGUUAUUGUACAAUUAAAUUUUCUACAUGAUCAGGUUAACAAGGUUUACUCCUAAUUAGACAGUUUACUUAUAGAGCAGUAUAGACAUAUAAUACCCAUAAUUAAUUCAACAUUCUUCUUCUUAAUCAAUGCAUAGUGGCAGUGGUCAGUAAACUAGUGUUCCAUCAACUACCACAUGUUAACCCUGCCUUUAGCUUUUGCCUGUCAGACAGGCACUGGAACAAAAACACAGGAACUGACUUACUUUAUAUUUGGCAUGUUGUGUUUUUUUUUCUAUCAGGGAUAAUUAUUGCUGUAUGCAUGAUAAGUUUAGGUUGUUUAUAUAUUUACUCAUCACUGUUAAAAGUGUUUAAUUUUCUAAGUUCAGUGUGUAUAAUUAUGAUUUUUUAGCAUCUGUGAUAGCAGAACACGAGUACAAUUAUAUAUAAUGGCAAUAUAAUUAUGAAUGAAAAAUGUUAGGCCAAGCUAAUGAGAGUGGAAUUCCCUAUGCACACAGUAGUACUACCCCUACCUACAGGUUAUCAUAUCUGUUUACCUAUGAUAAAGUGUUGUGUGCAGGAUGUAGAUUGUUUAGUAUGUUGCAGUCUUGACAUCAUUAAUUCAAAGUGUGUUUCAUGAAAGUUAGUAAUCAAGGAAAUUAUUAUUCCAGUAUUAAUAAAACCAAAAAUGAA